AUGAUUGUCAAUGAGGAAAACAUUGAGAAGGUUGUAGAACUGAAGAGAAAAAUUGAGUCGGUUUUGGCAAAAGUUGGCCAUAGAUUGGAACUCAUAGAAAAAUUUAAGAACCAAAAGUCCGUUAUUGAAAAUCUAACUCUUGGAAAUAUCGCACAUAUCAGUUUAAGAUACUCGAGCACUACCAGAGCUCCUCCUGAAUAUGAUGAUCUUACAGGUAAGGACCUUUCUAGAAGGCCCAACUACAGAUUUCCCUGUCCAUCCAAUGCACAUAUUCAACUAUCCCAACUUUAUAUUGCCAAACAACUCCCGUGUAUAAGGCCCAGGAUAAAAAUUAUUGAAACAUCUCCAGAUUCAAAAAUGAUUGAAAUCUCGUCUGCUCAAAAAAACGUUAAUAUUAUUUAUCAGAUAAAUGAUUCAAAAGAGCAGGUAUAUUCGGAGCCUAUUUAUGUUGAAGGUUCAGGAAACUAUAUAAUUAAAGCUUUUUCUACUAAGCCAGGAUUCUACAAUAGUGUUGUAAUUGAACAAAGGUUUACCAUUGAAGAACACGAACCAAAGUAUGAGUCAGAAAUUUCUUCAAGUGGUCCACCAAAUCUAAUUCACGAACUCAAUAGUAGUACUUGCUAUGAAGUAAAUAAACAAGUUCCUGUUAACAAUGAAAAACAAAACCAUAAACAUUCGGCACAUUCUCAUUCAAAAUAUAGAGGUUUGCAUUUAAUUAGAAAUCAAACAGACUCCGAACUCGAUGACUCUGACUCUUCUGAGCCAGAGUAG